UAUAUUUUCCAACUUUGCUAUGUUCUAAAAAGUGCUCUGCCUCCUCAUGAACCAGAACGUUUCUCUUUGACUACAUAAGCACACAUCAUCAUCCACCUCCUGUCCUGUUCUUAUCUUUGAAGAGCUAUUAUAGAUAGAUCUAUUACUUGUGAACGUAAGCAUGGAAGGAAGAUCUGAUUUGGGUUGCUUAAUCUUUGUGUUCUGAGCUCUAGCUUGAAGAUGGAGCAGCUUGUAUAUCAAGAAGAAUAUAUAAGAAAUCCAAGAGGAGUGCAGCUCUUUACUUGCAGAUGGCUGCCUUUCUCUUCUCCAGACGCUCUUGUUUUCCUUUGCCAUGGUUAUGGCAUGGAGUGCAGCGGUUUCAUGAGAGAAUGUGGGAUCCGGCUUGCGCGGGCGGGAUAUGCUGUGUUUGGGAUUGACUACGAAGGACAUGGACGGUCUAAGGGUGCUCGUUGCUACAUCAAGAAGUUCGAAAACAUCGUUAAUGACUGCUAUGAUUUCUUCAAGUCAGUUAGCAUGCAGGAAGAGUACAGGAAUAAGUGCAGGUUCUUGUAUGGAGAGUCGAUGGGAGGGGCAGUGGCCCUACUUUUGCAUAAAAAGGACCCUUCUUUUUGGAAUGGUGCUGUUCUUGCUGCACCCAUGUGUAAGAUUUCGGAGAAAGUGAAGCCACACCCUGUGAUUGUGAAUAUCUUGAUACGAGUUGUAGAUAUUAUUCCAAAGUGGAAGAUAGUUCCCACAAAGGAUGUCAUCGAUGCGGCCUUCAAAGACCCUAUCAAGCGAGAAGAAAUAAGGAGCAACAAGUUGAUUUACCAAGACAAGCCUAGGCUGAAAACUGCACUAGAGAUGCUGAGAACAAGCAUGAGCCUUGAAGAGAGUUUAGAGGAGGUGACCCUUCCAUUCUUUGUGUUGCAUGGGGAGGCAGAUACAGUGACAGACCCAGAAGUAAGCAGGGCAUUGUACGAGCAAGCCAGCAGCGUAGACAAGACCAUAAAAUUGUACCCAGGAAUGUGGCACGGUUUAACGUCUGGAGAGCCCGACGAGAACGUCGAGAUUGUGUUUGCGGACAUCAUAGCUUGGCUUGGCAAGCACACAAGCGAUGACAACGCUGUCACCGUUCGACCAACUCACCACCCAUUUAACAAUGGCAUUGAGAUAGCCGUCGCCUCCGCCGCAUCUCCUGCCAAAAUAAACAGACGAAAACAAAGCAGCAGCUAUCUUUGUGGAUUGAGGGGACGGCGCCGGAUGUUCCAUCAUUCUGCUAUGUAGCCCACUCUUUAACGAUCGAGUGCUUGUAUCUGCUCCUAAAUAAUCGUCUUCUGUAUGACACGAUCCAUAGCGGUACUCUUCGUUUCCUCCCAAAAUUUGAUGUGAGUUUUGGAAAGGAAUUGAAAUAAGAAGUGGCCUGUUUGAACGUUGAGACGAGAAAUUUGUUAAUAAAGGUAAAAUAAUACGUGAACUGUAA